CUUGCGUUUCAUCUUAUGCACGUCCUGACUUAGUCCCGUCUCUUUGUUAUUGUUACUGGAGAUGGACCGUGGCUGAGUGAGUUCUGUCUCUACCUUGACGACGAGACAAUCACAAUUGCUCAGAUCGUCUUUUCCCCGCAUCCCUUCAUUCAUCUGAACAUGGCCAGCUAUCGUCGACGAGGAUAACAAUCGACGAACAUCUCCUCGCGGCGCCUACUGCAUCUCGCCUCUUCCACAUUCAUACCGGAUACAUCUAGCUGGCGCGUGCUAUGACCACGAUGGUUGAAAUUCCAUGGCCGCCGAAAUCUCCGCGGGAAGCACUUCUGAGUAGCCCCAGUGGGCGCAAACGACUCGAGGAACUGCAGCGUCUUCAGGGCAACCCGGGCUCGCCGUUAAAACGCUCCGUCACGACCCCCGAUUUACGAUCCAGAGCGGCACAGCUCCUGAAUGACGGGUUAGACGAGGAUGAGGAUGAGGACGAGGAUGAGGAGACACUGAAACUGAAACUGGCUGCCAUUGAGGCCCGGCUCAAGCUGAAACAGCUCCAGAAGAGUCGCGCGAAGUCUGGAACUCCAGCGCGCACCGCACAUGACGGGGACAGUGCUCUUGUGCGCCCCACGUCAGCAGUGAGCAAUUCGUCACAGUCACAGACAUAUUUCCCUAGGAAUAGAGUCGAACGAAGAUCCCAGCACGACACUUCCCUGGAGAAUGUGCAGGUUCCGCUGUCCCCGACGCGACGGCCGACGGCCCCAGUAGAUCCAGUGUCCCCGCGGAGGUACAUUUUAGGUAUCGACAAAGGUCUUAAGUCAAGAGACGUCUCCUUAAAGCGACCUCCGAGCUCAAGAGGGACCGGUCCAGCGAGUGCAACAUAUAGCUCUAGGACACCGGCGAGUCGGGACGGCUGGGUCUCGCAAUCAAACAAACUUCUACAGACAGUCACAGGGGACAACGAAUACAGCCGCCCAAAGAGCUUCAGCGAGCGCAUGGCCGAGAGUCGAUCCGAGGAGAAGGCCCGGCAGGAUCGAAUUGAACGGGCGGAGCGCAUCCAAGCCAACCGGAGUACGGCAUUCCACAUCGACAAGAAUGAAGUUGAAGUAUUAAAAGCGGCUGCGGAAGCGAGGAAAGACGAGUCACCACGGUCACCGGUACGAAGCAGACAGACCGAAAGCUUCAGUCGAGAAGACGUCCUGCGGUCAUAUGGCAAGCUCAAACCAUCCUUGAAACGGAGCCAGACCCUCCCCAGUGUACGGAAUCAAGACCUUGAUGCAAACCACAAGGAGCCGAGAUCAUACUUACAUAGGCGAAACCUCAAGUCAGAAUCUCAAGCACAUCUUCCUCUGCCGGAAAGCUCUCAGCCCAGCGUGACGGAUGAGUCUCAGGGCGAGAACGGCGGUGAUUCCUCGAAAUAUGAAGCCUUCUCUGGCCUGCACUUGUCGAAUCGGAUCCUUCCCCAUUCUUUCUUGACACGGACGCUUGAAGACAAAAAAGUCCUUCGCAUCCCAGACCUUCUUCGAACUAUCCGCGGGCCCAGCUUUGAACUACCGGAAGACAUUGACACCGACUAUGUGGUAUUCGGCAUUGUAGCAUCCAAGUCCGAACCCAGACAGGUCAAAUCACAAAAGAACGUUUCUCGGAAGGAGGCUGACCCCUUUGAUGACGGUUUAAACAAUACCAAUUCAUACAUGGUCAUCACUCUGACCGACCUCAAAUGGACCAUAGAUCUUUUUCUCUUCGAAACCGCCUUUCCUCGCUACUACCGACUCUCCGAGGGAAUUUUGGUUGCCAUCCUAAACCCCACGAUCAUGCCGCCCCCCAAGCACAAGACGGAUACCAACAAAUUCAGCCUCGCUAUCUCUUCCUCCGACGAUACCGUGCUCGAAGUCGGGUACGCACAGGACUUGGGGUUCUGCAAAGCCAUCCGGAAGGACGGCAAGACGUGUCAUGCGUGGGUCGAUGGGCGGAAGACCGAGUUCUGUGACUUUCACGUGGAUCUUCAAGUGCGCAAAACUCAAGCGGGCCGCAUGGGCGUGAACGGUGGACCCGGGAUGUACGGACCCGGCGGACGCUCUGCUCCUCGUACGGGGUACUUCACGGGAGGAGGAGGUGCUGCUGGAGGGAACCGCCCCGGGUCACGGACCGGACUCAAACCGACUGGCGCUCAAUACGACCAAGGCUCGCAGUCUGUGUUCUAUGUCGCGCCCGCACCAAAGACCUUCAGCAGAGGCGGCGUAGGUGGGGCAAACAUCCACCGGACCCAACAUCCCCUGGGCCAGUCCGCAGCCAGCCUCAUCGACGCCGACACAGACGACCCGUUCAUAGCCGCCGGCCGAAUGGGUCGCGGACGCGACAGCAAAGAGGAGCGGUUCCGCAAGCGCCUCGCGGACAAGCAGCGCGAGAAAGACAUCACCGAGAAGCUCAUCACCAGCCGAACCAGCGGCGUCGGGGCCGAGUACCUCCGCGCGCGGGGGAACGACCACGUCGUGCCUGCUUCGCGUCCAAGCGACGUAGCCGCCAAGGGCCAGGCAAAAAAGCCCGGCGACAGGGACUCUGCCGCCGCCACCCUCGGCCUGGCCAGUCUGCGCAAAGCCGCGGCCGUGAACCUCAGCCCCCUGAAGCGCGCCCACGACGGCGGCAGCGACAGAUCCUCGCACGGUGGCAGCAGUGCCGUCAAGAAAACUCGCUUCAUCACCUCGCAUGGCAUCAAGGAAGCCGGGCGGGACAGUCUGGGUGGGAAAUUCGAGAUGGUAGCCACGAACAAUCAUGAUGAUGAUGACGACGACGAUGACGAUGGGUUAGAUAUCAUCUAAGCACAUCGAACCUAAUAACCAAGCAGAAAUGAGAAAAAACUUAGGAGGAGAAGAAACGCUAUGAAUAAUUAGCACGAGAGAAGAAGGCAAAAGAAAGGAGAAAUUCUAUAAUAUCAGAUACCCUCUUGACUGAUCCAAGAUCCAUCUAGAUAAUCACUUUAUGUCUGGUCAUGCUGUUCGAAUAACAUUGUAGCUGCCUACU